GCGCUCUGACGGAGUGCGCUCGCUCCGGCUCUGGGCGGUUGCGUGACUGGCUAGAAAGGUGUCGGCAGCUACGGCGGCGCGCACCCGCCCUCCAUUAAACGGCUUAACGCUGCCGUUGCUGGCUCGUGUUCGGCGCCGCGCCCGACUCUCUGCCUUUGCCCCCCCCUCUUUCCCUCUGCGCGCUCUCGUUCUGGCCCCUCCGUGUGCGAGUGUGCACAAGUGGGGGAGGGGAGUGAAUGAGGCGGCUCUGUCUUUCGCCGGUUUCCAUCCGUAUCCAGCCCUUCCAUGGUCCCUGCUCCACCUCGUUAGCCGUUGCCUGCUGGGAUUAGGCUCGGGUCGUAGGGGGAAAAGGCGGGGGGCACGACGGAGGGUGUGGAGAAAGGUGAGGACCUGGCGGCGGCAGCAGGAUCCAGAGCGCCGGAGACACGCGGGUGGAGGCUGAGGCCCGCAGAAGGAAGGAACAAGGAGCGGCAGCAGCUGGAGGGAUUCCCGGCGUGGCUACUAGAAUCUCCCGGGCGUAUUGUGUCUGUGGUGUGUAAAGCGACAGGGAUUUAGCGUGGUGGUGACUAUCGUGGUGGUGGUGGCGGCGCGUAGUGCGGGAAGCGCGGAGGGGAUCGUGCCCGCGCCCGCCUCGCCCGCCUGUGUGGCUAAUUCCCCCUUAGCUGGACCAUGGCCGACGACGACGUGCUCUUCGAGGAUGUGUAUGAGCUCUGCGAGGUGAUCGGCAAGGGUCCAUUCAGCGUUGUACGGCGAUGUAUCAACAGAGAGACUGGACAACAGUUUGCUGUAAAGAUUGUCGAUGUGGCAAAGUUCACUUCAAGUCCAGGAUUAAGUACAGAAGAUCUAAAGAGAGAAGCAAGUAUCUGUCACAUGUUGAAACAUCCUCAUAUUGUUGAACUUUUGGAGACAUACAGUUCUGAUGGAAUGCUUUAUAUGGUUUUUGAAUUUAUGGAUGGUGCAGAUCUCUGCUUUGAAAUUGUAAAGAGAGCAGAUGCUGGUUUUGUUUACAGUGAAGCUGUAGCCAGUCAUUACAUGAGACAGAUACUGGAAGCACUACGCUAUUGUCAUGAUAAUAACAUAAUUCACAGAGAUGUGAAGCCACACUGUGUGCUACUUGCCUCAAAGGAAAAUUCAGCACCUGUAAAACUUGGAGGUUUUGGCGUUGCUAUUCAGUUAGGGGAAUCAGGACUCGUAGCUGGAGGCCGAGUAGGAACACCUCAUUUUAUGGCCCCAGAAGUAGUAAAAAGAGAGCCUUAUGGAAAGCCUGUAGAUGUAUGGGGCUGUGGAGUGAUCCUUUUUAUUCUGCUUAGUGGUUGUUUGCCUUUUUAUGGAACAAAAGAGAGGUUAUUUGAAGGCAUUAUCAAAGGAAAGUAUAAGAUGAAUCCCAGGCAGUGGAGCCAUAUCUCUGAAAGUGCCAAAGAUCUGGUACGGCGCAUGCUUAUGCUGGACCCAGCAGAAAGAAUAACAGUUUAUGAAGCACUCAACCACCCUUGGCUGAAGGAACGUGAUCGCUAUGCAUACAAGAUUCACCUUCCAGAAACUGUGGAACAGCUGAGAAAAUUCAAUGCAAGAAGAAAACUGAAGGGUGCAGUACUAGCAGCAGUAUCAAGCCACAAAUUCAAUUCUUUCUAUGGUGAUCCCCCUGAAGAACUGCCAGACUUCUCUGAAGAUCCUACCUCCUCAGGACUUCUAGCCGCAGAAAGAGCAGUUUCUCAGGUGUUGGACAGCCUAGAGGAAAUCCAUGCACUUACAGAUUGCAGUGAAAAAGACUUAGAUUUUUUACAUAGUGUUUUCCAAGAUCAACAUCUUCAUACACUACUAGAUCUUUAUGAUAAAAUUAACACAAAAUCUUCACCACAAAUCAGGAAUCCACCAAGCGAUGCUGUACAGAGAGCCAAAGAGGUAUUGGAAGAAAUUUCAUGUUACCCUGAAAAUAGUGAUGCAAAAGAACUUAAACGUAUUUUAACACAACCUCAUUUCAUGGCCUUACUUCAAACUCAUGAUGUGGUGGCACAUGAAGUUUACAGUGAUGAAGCAUUAAGAGUUACACCGCCUCCCACCUCUCCAUAUUUAAAUGGAGAUUCUCCUGAAAGCAUCAACGGUGACUUGGACAUGGAGAAUGUAACAAGAGUCCGAUUAGUUCAGUUCCAGAAAAACACAGAUGAGCCCAUGGGAAUCACUUUAAAAAUGAAUGAGCUGAAUCACUGUAUUGUUGCAAGAAUUAUGCACGGAGGAAUGAUUCACCGGCAAGGUACUCUUCAUGUGGGUGAUGAAAUUCGUGAAAUAAAUGGAAUCAGUGUAGCAAAUCAAACAGUAGAGCAGCUACAAAAAAUGCUUAGAGAAAUGCGAGGUAGUAUCACCUUCAAGAUUGUGCCAAGUUAUCGCACUCAGUCUUCUUCGUGUGAGCAAACAAACUGGGACAAAUACUAUAGAGAUUCCCCCUCUACAUCCAGACAGUCCCCAGCUAAUGGUCAUAGCAGCAUUAACAAUUCUGUUUCGGACUUGCCAUCGACAACACAACCAAAAGGACGACAGAUAUACGUAAGAGCACAAUUUGAAUAUGACCCAGCAAAAGAUGACCUUAUUCCCUGCAAAGAAGCUGGAAUCAGAUUUAGAGUUGGUGAUAUUAUCCAGAUUAUUAGCAAAGAUGAUCAUAAUUGGUGGCAGGGUAAACUAGAGAAUUCAAAAAAUGGAACUGCUGGCCUCAUUCCUUCUCCUGAGCUUCAGGAAUGGCGAGUAGCUUGUAUUGCUAUGGAGAAGACUAAACAGGAGCAACAGGCAAGCUGUACUUGGUUUGGAAAGAAAAAGAAGCAAUAUAAAGACAAAUACUUAGCAAAGCACAAUGCAGUGUUUGAUCAAUUAGAUCUUGUCACAUAUGAAGAAGUAGUAAAAUUGCCAGCAUUCAAAAGGAAAACACUAGUCUUACUAGGAGCUCAUGGUGUUGGGAGAAGACAUAUAAAAAAUACACUGAUCACAAAACAUCCCGACAGAUUUGCAUAUCCUAUUCCACAUACAACCAGACCACCAAAGAAAGAUGAAGAGAAUGGAAAGAAUUAUUACUUUGUAUCACAUGACCAAAUGAUGCAGGACAUUUCCAACAAUGAAUAUUUGGAAUAUGGUAGCCAUGAGGAUGCAAUGUAUGGAACAAAACUGGAAACGAUACGGAAGAUCCAUGAACAGGGAUUAAUUGCAAUACUUGAUGUAGAACCUCAGGCCCUGAAGGUUCUGAGGACUGCAGAGUUUGCUCCUUUUGUUGUUUUUAUUGCUGCACCUACAAUUACCCCAGGCAUUCAUGAGGAUGAAUCUCUUCAGCGCUUGCAAAAGGAAUCUGAAAUCUUACAGAGAACAUAUGCACAUUACUUUGAUCUUACAAUUAUCAACAAUGAAAUUGAUGAAACAAUCAGGCAUCUGGAGGAAGCCAUUGAGCUUGUUUGUACAGCAUCACAGUGGGUUCCUGUCUCCUGGGUGUACUAGUCUUAUCACCAGAAGAAUUUUAUCAUUACUGGGAAAUGCCUCAUACAUGGAACAACCUCUUUGUUAUUGACCUUGUGUCAGCAGGUCUUGGCCCCUAGAGACUACCUAGAUGUAGUGUGACCUAAAUUUAUAAUUAUCGUCAUGUCCUUAUAGAUAGGAGGAGAAAAUGCUAAUUUAAAGAGACAGUAUCUUUUUUAAUCAGUUCUGCUAAACUUUAUUAAAAUGUAUCUUUAAAUAUAUGUAUUAUUCAAUCCUUUGGAAUGUUAUAUUUUUGAAAAUCAUAGCUUUUAAUUUCAAAGGCCCCUAAAACUGCACAAAAUAGAUGCUGCUUUCUAUAAUCUAUUUUAAUAAUAAUAUGAUCCGUUACUUGGGGGUGGAACACUACGUUCUUUUAGAGUCUGAUUUUGUGAAUUGGAAUACCUUGCUUUCCUUUAUUUAUUUGAAAUUUUAGCCCAGUCAUGGAUGAAAAAAAUUCUUAAAUUCUAAUGGCCUUUCUUUGCUUUUUAUUUUAUUCUUAGAAUAGCAUUUGAAGUACUUUCAUGUAAUAUCCAGAUAAUGUGAUACUGUCUCUUUGAAGAACUCUGUAAAACUUAUAGAGAUUUGAAGUUGGGUCUUGACUCUUAAUGCAUGUGGACAGUCGCAAGCGUUCAUGCUGUUGGUGUAUCUGUGUUGAAAAAAAACUGUAAUCUACAGCAAAGUACAUUCCGUUCAUGGGGGAAAGUACCCAAGGGAAUAAAAUUCAAUAUUAUGACUAAGUUGUAAAACCUAUGCACAUCCCUUGCAUUUUGGGCAACUUUAUAAACAAAAAUCCUGAUUUUUAUUAAUGAUCAUGUAGUGAAAUGUGUUUGUAAUUUUGUCUCAACUUAAUUUGUUGUAAAGGGGCGGGGAAAAAAAUACUGGUUUCACCAUUUCAGAUCUGUGUUGUCUGAGAGUAUUAACGUUUUAAUUACGUUCCAGCAAAGAAAUGCUGAUUUUUAAUAUGUAUGUAAUUGUUUCGAAAAUGCACACAUUUUAAGAAAAAAUACUGUGCUAUGAAGAAACCAGUUUAGACACUGCGAUAAACUAACAAUUCCAAAAGACUAAUCUGCAGCAGCCCUGUAAAUUUCUUUAAACGGUAAAUGACUCUACAGUCUGACCAAUUUUUUAUUUUAAAUAUACUUCCUUUUAUGUGUUCAACAAUUAAA